AUGUCGAAGAAGAUUGUGUUAAAGAGCUCAGAUGGCGAGACCUUUGAGGUUGAAGAAGCGGUGGCUCUCCAGUCACAGACCGUAGCCGCUCACAUGGUUGAAGAUAGCUGUGUAGGUAACGAAAUCCCUCUUGAAAACGUCACCGGCCAGAUCCUUGCCAAAGUGAUCGAGUAUUGCAAGAAACACGUCGUCGUCGAUGGUGAUGGUGUCUCUUCUGAGGAGCUCAAGAACUGGGAUGCUGAGUUUAUGAAAAAUAUGGAUCAAUCCACGCUUUUUCACCUUAUUUUGGCUGCUGAUUAUCUAAACAUCGAAAGCCUUCUUGAUCUUACUUGCGAAACAGUUGUUCGUGUGAUUGAAACCAAAACUGUUGAAGAGAUUCGCACUUUUUUUAGCGCCGAGAACGAUUACACACCCGAGGAAGAAGCACAGUUUCGCAAAGAAAACAGUUGGGCUGUUGACGACUGA